AUGGUAUCAGCUAAGUUUUCUCUCAUGGAAAACGUCGGUGUUAAUGGCGGAUCUGUUCUUGGUUCUUCGGAACAGACCGUUACCGAGAUUCCUACGAUGCCUGCGAGUGGUAGCCUGUCAUCGGCUCAUCACUUCGUUUCUUUAAAGUUGACCUUCCGAAAUUAUCUAUUCUGGCGAACUCAGAUGCUUCCGUUUCUUGAAGGCCAAGGGCUUCUAGGGUUUGUUGAUUGUACAACACCCUUUCCAACAGCAUCGCCGACCCUAACGUCGACCGCGGACAGCGCCCCGGCGGCGGUUUCCGAUCUCCCCGCCCGGCAGCUCUCUUGGCGUCGGCAGGACAAGGCAAUCCUCUCUAUGCUCAUCUCCUCUUUGUCCGAGGAGACUCUUCGUUUCGCCGUCGGCAAGGGCACCUCUCGGCAGCUUUGGCAUGUAAUCGAACAAACCCUAGGUUCGUCUACCCGCUCUCGUGCACUCCGACUACUCCGUGAACUUCAGGGGCUCCGUCAAGGUGAUUCCUCAAUAUCUGAUUACCUUGGUCAUGCCCAGAUGUUGAUUGAUGAAUUGGCCCUCGCCGGUCGUCAUGUUGAGUUGGAUGAUCAGAACUUAUAUGUGUUUCAUGGUUUACGCCCGGAGUUCCGACCGUUGGUGGCAACCCUAGCCCGUGGUGCGCCUGUUCCCCACCCGGAGGUUGUGGAUUUUCUUUUUUCGCAGGAGUGGAUCUGUUCGGACGAUGGUGCGGCUCUCGGUGCACCGGCAGCCUUGGCCGUAAGCCGUGGUGGUCACGGCGGUCGCGGUGGCAGUCCGCAAACCCGAGGAGGUUGCGGCCGCGGCAGGGGGUGUGGCGGUCGUUGCCGGGGGCGGUCCAACUCGGGCCCUCGGUAUCAGAUUUGCAACAAGCAAGGGCAUAUAGCUACGGCGUGUUGGCGUCGUUUCACUCCUGAUCCGGACCCUCAGGCGAAUGUUGUCGUUUCUGGUGUUGAUGGUUCUAUGGACGACUCUCAUCAGUGGUUCCCCGACACUGGUGCCACAAAUCAUGCUACCCCUGAUCCCACAUUAUUGACGUCCUCUACUGCAUAUGAUGGUCCGGAGACACUUCGGGUCGGCAAUGGUACAGGUACCCGCACCAUGCCCGGAGCCAUGGGGUGUUGCGCCAGUUGUCCUUCUGGUGAGCCAAGUGAUGUCUCAGCCUUUGAUCCUCCUGCCGUGCCCGAGCCACACCGCCAGUAG